ACAGGGCCAGAGCAUGGGGUGAUGAGGACUAUCCUCUGCUGACCUCAGCGCAGAUGACCAGUAAUGGCCACAGCAUCACCUCGACAUUUGUUGGAUGACGCAAUAAACGCAGGACAACAGCAACAGGAGCAGCAGCAGCAGCAGCAGGAGUUCCUGAGCUCGCUGGAGACGAUCGUUCUCACCGUCUUCCUCUCCAUCAUUAUCAUCAUGACAGUGUUUGGAAACCUGCUGGUCAUGGUGGCGCUCUGCAAGGACAGACAUCUACGAAAGAAAAAGACGAACUACUUCAUCGUGUCGCUGGCGUUCGCUGACUUGCUGGUCGCCCUGGUGGUGAUGCCCUUUGCUGCGAUCGAGCUGACCACCGGCCACUGGCGGUACGGAGAGAUCUUCUGCCUGGUCCGAACGUCUCUGGAUGUCCUGUUGACUACAGCGUCCAUCCUGCACCUCUGCUGCAUUGCACUGGACAGGUAUUACGCGAUCUGCUGCCAGCCGCUGGUCUACAGACACAAGAUGACCCCAGUCAGAGUGGCAGUGAUGCUCGGCGGCUGCUGGCUCAUCCCCACAUUCAUCUCCUUCCUGCCCAUCAUGCAAAGCUGGAACGCCAUCGGCAUCGAGGACAUUAUUGAGGAGAGGCGAGCCGCGGCGGGAGGCUCCAACGACACAAGCUGCGUGUUUCUGGUCAACCGGCCAUACGCCCUGAUCUGCUCUGCGGUGGCCUUCUACGUCCCGCUAGCCCUCAUGGUCCUGGCCUACCAGCGUAUCUACGUCACCGCCAUGACCCACGUGCGGCAGAUCGAGACACUACAGCGGGCCGGCUCCGCUCCCGUCACCGGCACAGCCCCGGUGAUCACCGUGAGGUCCUCCACUUCCUCAGAUCCGCUGGAGCACUACCGCCUCAGGACAACAAUGGGCUCCUCCUCCUCAGAGCAGGCUCCCAUGGCGAACAGCCGCAUGCGAGUUGAGACCAAGGCAGCCAAGACCCUGGCGGUUAUAAUGGGUUGUUUCUGCCUGUGCUGGGCGCCGUUCUUCAUCACCAAUGUGGUGGACCCCUUCAUCCAUUACUCAGUGCCCUGGCAGCUGUGGACAGCCUGGCUGUGGCUCGGGUACAUUAACUCGGGGUUGAACCCCUUCCUGUACGCCUUUCUGAACCGGGCGUUCCGGAGAGCGUUUCUGGUGAUCCUCUGCUGUGGGGAUGAGCGGUACGCACGGCAGGGGAGCUUCUCCUAUGGACACACCCACAGAGCGUGCUCGGCCGCGUCGGUCAACGGGACGUCCAUGGCACUGAGAUUGUCCUUCCUGCCGAACCGGAGCUACAGCGACAACGGACGGACGAUACUAGCCAACGAGCAGGAGUCCCAGGACUCUCUUGGACCACUAUGAGGAGGA